AUGAACGCGGGACCAAUUCAAGAUCGAUUACUAGAGGAAGAUGCCUCAAAAAUAAGCAUCACAUAUUCGCAACUUAUGGAAAUUUCUGCUGCAAAAGAAUCUACAAUCAACAAUAAAACCGGAUGGAUAAAGGAAGAAGCUGACUUCAAAUAUCAAAAACAAAGUCAGCAAGCAAAAUCAGCCAAGCAGUCAAUCACGGAAAAAUCAAAAUGUGGAACAUGCGGUCGAUCAAACCACACACAAAAAGAAUGCCGAUACAAGGACUACAGUUGUAAUAUUUGCAAUAUCAAAGGUCAUUUGGCUCCUAUGUGUAAAAGUAAGAACAAUAAACCAAAUCCUGUGUUAGCACAUUAUGACCAAAAACUUCCCAUAAAACUCACGGUCGAUUCUUCGUCAUACGCACUAGGUGCAAUCAUAUCGCACACUUAUCCUGACCACUCAGAAAGACCAAUUGCAUAUGCAUCACGAGUAUUGUCAAACAGUGAAUGCAAAUUUCCACAAAUCGAAAAAGAAGGUCUAGCCAUAAUUUUUGGUGUUCAAAAAUAUUACGAUUAUUUAUACGGUAGAAAAUUUACAUUAGUUACUGAUCACAAACCGUUAAUCCACAUAUUUGAAAAAAAAAAAGGAAUACCAAUUUAUGCGGCAAAUCGCUUACAACGUUGGGCAUACGUUCUUUCUUCAUUCGAUUUUGAAAUUAAGUAUAUUAAAUCAGAAGGAAAUACUGCUGACUUUUUAUCACGCAUUAAAACAAACCAAUGCAACAAUAAUAUUAAUGAAUAUGAUGACGCUCACAUCAAUUUUAUUCACGAACAGUCACCAUUUCCGCUAGAUUGGCACAAAAUUAAAAUUGAAACGAAAAGAGAUCCAAUUACCUCUAGAGUAUUACACGCUACAAAAACAGGUUCAUGGAGUAAUGACUUUUCAAUAAAUUCCGAAUUAAACUCGUAUAAUACACGCAAAAUAGAAAUUACUGCUGAACAAGAUUGUUUAUUUUGGGGCUAUAGAGUAAUCAUACCAACCAAAUUCCGUAAGUCAAUUCUAACUGAACUGCAUUCUUGUCAUAUUGGCAUGUCGAGUAUGAAAAGCAUUGCGCGUUCGUAUUUCUGGUGGCCUAGUAUAGAUAAAGAAAUUGAGGAUAUGGCCCGAAACUGCAAUGAAUGCAUAAAUGCGAGACCUAAUCCUCCUAAGUCAGUACUAACUCCGUGGAAAUGGCCACAAAGACAAUGGACGAGAGUGCAUUGCGAUUUCUUAGGUCCGUACAAAAACAAAACAUUUCUAAUUAUUGUCGAUGCAACCACAAAGUGGCUAGAAGUUUUUCAAGUAAAUUCGAUGACAGCACAAACGGUCAUAACAAAACUGUCUGAGUUAAUUGCACGUUUUGGCAUUCCCAGAACAAUAACAACUGACAAUGCAAAAUGUUUUAAUGGCGAUGAAUUCCAGUCAUAUUGCAAGACACUAGGUAUCAGGCACUUGACAGGGGCACCUUUCCACCCAGCCUCAAAUGGAUUUGCCGAAUCUGGAAAAUACUGUACACUCAACCACAAAUGA